AUGAAUGAUGCCACAUUAUAUGAUACUUCUAUGCUGGAAGAAGCCAUUUCACAAUCUGUUAUGGUGAUGUUAAAUUUAACGGAAGGAGAAGAUUUAGCUGAUGCACUGAAGAUGGCAACCAUUGGAGCACUUUUAGCUGUACUCAUUAUGGCAUGUAUCAUUGGCAAUUUGUUUGUUAUUGUUGCAAUUCUCAUUGAACGUGAUCUCAAAACUCGACCGCAGUAUUAUCUUAUAUUCUCGCUCGCUAUUGCUGAUUUAUUAGUAGGUGUAAUAGUGACACCAUUAGGUGCUUGGUCAACAGUAACACGUACAUGGACAUUUGGUGUAGAAUUAUGUGAUUUCUGGAUUAGUGUUGAUGUAUUAGUUUGUACAAGCUCAAUUCUUCAUUUGGUAGCAAUAGCGUUAGAUCGUUAUUGGAGCGUUACGGAUGUAUCAUAUGUGCAAAAUAGAACACCAAAUCGUAUAUUUUGCAUGUUAGGCAUUGUUUGGCUCUUAUCAUUACUCAUUUCAUUGGCUCCAAUGUUUGGCUGGAAAGAUAAUGAUUUUUAUCGACGGGUUAUGGAGCAACGUGUGUGCCUUAUUAGUCAGCAAAUCAGUUAUCAG